CAGAGGGCCCCGGUGAUCGCCAACAUGCCAUUGUCACAUGGAAGUGGUUCUGGAUACUGGUCUUCUGAGAACUGGGAUCCUGACAGCCGAGUCUACACUGGUGCUGACAUCUUCCAAACACACCGCUUGGCAGUGCAGCCUGACAAGGCCGAGCUCGAGGCAAAGUCCGAAGCAUUGAAGGAGCGAGAGUCGCAAGAACCUGUGCAGCCUGGAUUGAGGCGUGGGAGCAGUGCGGCAUAUUGGGGUGCCAUGGAUGAUGACCUGGAUAUGAGCAUGGACCUUGGCAUCGGCAACGUGUCCUUGGCCCGUUCACCACCAGCCGUCGCCAAAAAAGUAUCUUUUGAUGGAGGAUACCAGGGUGUACAGCAGGGUGUACAGGGAUAUGCCCAGGGCGACACAGACACCAAGUCGCUGCGCAGGGGAAGUUCUGACUACUGGACUUCAGGAAACUGGGACAUGGAUCAACGGGAUCAACGGGAUCAACGGAGGCAAUACAUGAAGCCCGACUUGAAUCAUCCAAUGGUUGAAGAGUUGGACACACCCUCAACUCAAAGUGGGUCAGCAAGUGUCAAAUGCCUUCCUCGCAAAGAUAGCAACGCCUACUGGGAUGCAAAUCAAUGGGAUCCUGACGAAAGAAUCUAUGUUGGAGCGGAGGCUGGCCAGACGAAUCAUCUGACAGCUGUGAUCCAAAGUGAUGAUAAGUUGAUUCGUGCAUGGGCUGGAGGCCUCACUUGCAGUGGCCAACCUUCUGGGCCAGUUGAAAUUUUGAAGGCAUUGAAUUCUGCUUCGGAGGUGCCGGAGCUUCGUGAUCUUUACGAAGUUGAGGCAGAAUCUGUUGGUUUUGGGAGUUUCGGCGUUGUGAGAAAAGCAACUCAUCGGGAGACGGGCACCCGCUGUGUGGUGAAAAGUCUCAAGAAGACUCAGUCUGGGCCAAUGUACAAAUCCCAAGUGGAGAAUGGCCUAUUCGACAGCCUCCUGUCAAUGUCUUGGCGUACGCCUCACGAUGGCAUCGUGAAGUAUUUGGACAUGCUCGAAAGCGAGGACCACUACUACGUGGUCAUGGAGAACCUUGGGGGCCCAGAGCUCUUGGAACAGAUGGAGCGGAUUUUCCCUGUCACUGAAGCUCACUGUCAGCAAAUCAUGCGUGAAGUCUUGAUGUCACUGGCCCACAUUCACAACACAGUGGGAAUUUGCCAUCGUGAUAUCAAGCUCGAUAACUUCAGAUACAGAAGCUCGGAGCCUGGAUCUCCGCUCGUCUUGUUGGACUUCGGCUUCCUUGCUCCGUUGAACAAGCCCUGGGAUGGCAAGAAAUGCGGGACACGAAUGUACAUGGCACCGGAAGUGAUUACCGACGCUGUGGAGCAGCAACAUUUGGGCGCGAUAGAUAUGUGGGCUGCUGGAGUGAUGCUGUACACGCUCUUCACUGGCGACUGCCCCGUGCAGCCAGAGCAGAUGCAAACCUUGGCGCCCAAGAGCCCAGCAGCAGAGACCAUCAUGGCCGAGGCCCUGAGGGCAGAACCUUUGAAAUCUAUGUCAACUGAAGCGAGAGAUUUUCUACAACAACUCCUGUGUUUGGAGGCCAGCUCCCGCAUCACAGCAGCAGAUGCCUUGAAGCACCCGUGGUUCUCAUUGCGUCUUGACGGAGCUCCAGUUGUGCCAGCAAGCAAGGGUUCAUACAGAAGAAUGUCAUCCAAGAGCAGCAAGGUGCCUGAAUUACCUGAUCAGUGAGUUCGUUGAGAGUGCUCAGUGACGGCUGUUGCCGCCCAUACCAAUAGUUGAACCGUUUCAACCACAUUGUUUUACCAGGGCAGCACUUUUUAAAAGCCCUGCCAUCUAUGUAGGAUCUAUGAGGUACAGGAUAGCCUCUGGAGCUACGCCUGGUCCAAGCAAAUGAU